CGGGGCCUGGCAGUGCGGAGCCGGGAGUCGAGCAGCCCAGCUUUCCCGUCUUUGUCGUUUCGUGCUCCCUCCGUUGCGGCGCUUUCUUGUCCCGUACAAGAAUACAAAGAGAGUCCUGACCAGUAUGAACUAGAGACGGAGGAUGAGAGCGGCGGGGGGAGCAGCGGGACACGAGCUGCCGAAGUGGACGAACCUGUAGCCCCCAACGGACUAAAAGACUGGAAACGAAGCUUCGCCGAUGUACACACUGGAUUCUACCCACCAAAGAGUGUCGAAAUCUGUCGAAGAGGGGUGGCUUUUCUCGCUCAGGAUUGCGGGGCUUUAAAGGGGAGAUCAUGGAUAAAACUUUGCACAUACUCCAGAAAUCCGCAGACAGUGUUACAACUGGGAUCUCCCUGGAUAUGAGUUUAAACGUGGACGAAGGGGAAGAUUUCCCGGAACAGCCGAUCAUGGGGUUACGAGACAAAAUACCUCUGGUGAAACCUUAUUUCAAGAAGAAACAGAGGAAAUUGGAUGCCAAAUGCCUGCAUCAUGCUCUGGAGGAUCCUAUACUGUCCAGUUUGCUGAGCACGGACACGCUGGUCCCCGGAGACAUGGUAUUUGUUCCCCGGAGCCAGCCAGGCCGGACGCCUGGAAAUCUGUGUGCGGCCGCUGUGGUGAAGCAGAGCUGUGUGGGGCAGGUGUGCCUGAAAGACCCAGGAGCUACUGAAGACGCCACAGCUGCAGCAGCAGUGACCGGCUUAAUGAGUCAGGAUGUUGAUGUGGAAAUAGCUGAUACUACUGCAGAGCUGGAAGAGACGGAGCGGCGGGGAGAGCGUCCCAAGGUGGCCGAUUCUACCGCCGACUGCUUUCAACUGAAACCCGGCCUUGGAGUGGUGGGUGCCACAGAGACAAAUACACCCCCAGGAAGGAAUAUACCUCCCAUAGUUGCACCCAAGGUUUCUCAUCAAGAAGAAUCCAUCAAAAACAAAGAACUCUUAGCCUCUGUUGGUGGGAAUCUUCCAGUCAAAGACUGCACUGGAAUCCAGGACCCUCAUCCGCUCCUCCUGCAACAGCCUGUCAAAGGAGCGCUAUUUCAGGAUAAAAGCGAGGAGGCCUCCCUGGACCUGGUUUUUGAGCUCCUCACUCAGCUCCAGUAUCACACACACCAGGCAGACUCAGUGGACAUUUGUGUGGAUUUUCUUCAAGGACAGUGCGCUUAUGGCAAUGACUGUGCCCACCACCACACUGUCUUGCCAUACCACUGGCAGAUACGCAAGAGCAGCAGUCAGACAUGGCAGAGCAUAGCAGACGACUCCCAGGAACAACUGGAGAGACUGUAUUGCAACCCGGACACUGAGCACGCUAGGCUUAAAACUCAGGGCCGAGUGUUUACCCUAAACUUUGGGACAAUGCAAGUGUGUGACCUCGAGUUUGACUGUGUUCGGCGGCUGACUACUCCCCCCAGCCCUCUCCCCGUGCCUGCAACAACCCCAAACCCCACACCCAGCUGUCACACAGUGUGGAAGUACUACUGCAGAGACAAUUUUGGCUGGAGGGAAUACUCCGAGCCGGUGGUAAAACUCAUAGAAGAGGCGAGUUCAAGAGGUCUUAAAGAAGUGCGAUUCAUUACUCUACAGAACCAGUACAUCCUCAACAUCAUAGAGGGCUUCCAGCAGAACGCAGUCUUUGGAUUCCGGCGUCAGAUCAAGAAGCGGCCCAUGUUCAUGUCCUCUGUGAUGCUUACACCACAUCUACAGACCUUGGGUGGCCUCUCUACGUCUCCUCUCGCCGCCCCCUCCUCCCUUUGUGCCUCCACGCCCAUGGAUACCUCGGCCUCGCAGCCUCUUUCACCAACAAGCACCAACCAACCCAGCCUUUUUCCAGAAACGUGGCUGCCCAUGCCAGUGAGCCAGGACUUCCUGCGGGUGCCCGUGUCUCGGGAAGACCGCAGCUAUAGGACCGUUUACAGCCUGUUCCACAAGACGGUGUCUGAGACCAAGUUCAGGAUCAUCAAGAUCCAGCGAGUACAAAACCCAUUUCUCUGGGAGAAGUACAAGAGGAAGAAGGAGUACAUGUCAAGGCGUAUGUCGGAAAUGGACCGCCUGCUGAGCGAGCGCCACCUCUUCCACGGCACCUCAGCCGACGUGGUGGAGGGCAUCUGCAAGCACAACUUCGACCCGCGCGUCUGCGGGAAACACGCCACCAUGUUUGGCCAGGGUUCCUACUUUGCUCGCAAAGCGGUUUACUCCCACAAUUUCUCCAAGCGCUCGCCCAAAGGAGUCCAUUGCAUGUUCCUGGCCAAAGUCCUCACUGGGAGGUUCACAGUAGGAAAUCCCUCCAUGCGACGGCCUCCUCCCAUCAACCCCCGUGACCCCUCUAGUGACCUUUAUGACUCCUGUGUGGACAACUGGGUGGACCCCCAGAUCUAUGUCAUCUUCAACGAUGACCAGAGCUACCCUUACUUUAUCAUCCACUACGAGGAGGUUCCCAGCACAGUGGCCAUCUAAGCUCUUCACCGGAACGCAGCUUCUUUACGUUGCAAAGGCUUAAGUUAUAGUCUGUUUGUGGUCUGUCCAGGCGGUGGCCGGGUGGAGCAGACGUUUUGGAAAUUGCUUAAGUGUAACCAGUUGGAACGGUUUCAUCCACCCGUUUGCUGUAAACAGAUGAAACUGGAGUGUGUUUGCAAACACGCCGUUCGGCUGGACUACAUGGGAGAGCAGGACCGACUCCACUGGACAAAACUGGAAAGGACAACGCCUGUUUCAUGAGUGGACCCUCUGAUAACUGUUAUAGCGAUGGGGUCGUCUUAGGGCACAGGAGGAUUAACAUUAUUUUAGAGACAAAAACAAACCUCAUUAGCAGUUCAACUCAGCCGUGUGUCUGGACAUGAACUUGUUUCCCCAACAAAACACUGUUCAAGGCAGUAUCCUGCCAGUAAUGUGAAUGACCAGCUGGCUCUACGGUUAAUCUUAGGAAUCAGCAGUCUGGGGCCUGCAUAGAGAAACCGGGUCAUCGUUGACCCGCUUGUCAUAAAUUCCAGUGAGCGACCAGCUAGCUUCUGAGCAAUACGUCAUUUUAAAAAAAAAAAAAAAAACAUCCUUCCCUCACUAAUCUCUAUGCUGCGUGUUUGAAUCUCAAAUUCUGUGGCCAUUCAUUUUUGGCCUCUUCACGCAGACGGUGGACGAGAGCCUCAGAGGGACAUCUGCAUACUGUAAACCUCCUGGCAGAGGAUUCAAAUGAAGCUGCUCUUUGCUGUUUUGUUCUUUUUUCUUCCAUGUUUGCACCCUUCACUGCGGUUCCUCUUGAAGGUACUAAAAGGUGUGCGGAUUGAUGCUAAGACCCGGGACUGGAGGCGACGCCGCUGGCGGCGGCGGCGGCGGCAGCGCUGUCGCAUUGUGUCAACACGUCAGCUGAAGCUCAUCUCUUUGUGGAGCGUGCUCUUGUUCAGACAGUAGACUUUUGUUUUGUUCAUCUGUUUUCUUUGAGACAAACUGUACAGGUGUUCGCUUUGUUUAUAGUUGAGCUGUGUGCCUUUUGUUGAUAAAAAAUGUUUAUUUAUGUUAGUUUUAAUGUAACGUUGAUUAAAUAAAGAAUCGACUGAGGAA